UUCAAUGGAGUCCUUUCAGAGUUGAAUGUGGGCUUAAUUCCGUGCAUUUUGAGUUUGGUUUGGGCUGAUUUAGCCUCCAAACGAGAAAUAUAUGAGUUUUUUCGGAAGAUUUUAGCAGUGAAUUUUGAGGAAGGGCUCACAUUUAGUGUUACAUUUGAAGUGAAAGUGGAUUGAGGUGUGGAAUUUUUCAAAUUGGCUGUGGAACGAGGAAAAACAGAGCUUUGGCCUUCUGUUUAGACUGGCUUUGAAUUGAAGGCAAAAAUAUUUGAAUUUGGCAGUGUUUUGGCAGUUAAUUUGAAAACAAGCAAAAUUCAUGUAUACUUUUGGACUCAUAGGAAUCUGUUAAAUUCACAGAGUUUUACAGAGACUUGACAGGCUUUGGCCGGUCAAUUUGAGGAAAUUUAAAAAAAAUGGAAGCCAGGGCCGGGCUAGUGGCUGGCUCUCAUAACAGGAACGAGCUUGUCGUCAUCCACGGCCACGAGGAGAGGAAGCCUUUGAAGCCGUUAAAUGGGCAAGAUUGCCAGAUUUGUGGCGAUCCAGUGGGAGUUACGACAGAAGGAGAGCUUUUUGUGGCGUGCAAUGAAUGCGGAUUUCCUGUAUGCAGGCCAUGUUAUGAGUACGAAAGGCGAGAAGGAAAUCAAUGCUGCCCGCAGUGCAACACUCGAUACAAGCGCCUCAAAGGGAGUCCUCGUGUUGAAGGUGAUGAAGAUGAAGAAGAUAUUGAUGACAUUGAACAUGAAUUUAAUCUGGAAGCUCAGCAAAGAGAUCGACAACAAAGUACCAAUGGCAUUGACCAUGAGAAUCCACAACUUGUUCAUAAUCCAGGCCUACCUCCUUUACUCCCAAAGGGCCAUUCGGUGGUCAGCGGGGAGAUUCCAGCAUCAUACUAUCCAGAAAGCCAUUUGCUUGCUAAGCUUGCACAUCCUUAUCCAGGCUCCGAGCCAGGGAGUGCAAGGAUCACCAUUGAUCCAAACAAGGACAUUGGCGCUUAUGGCUAUGGAAAUGUUGCUUGGAAGGAACGACUUGAUGGUUGGAAAUCCAAGGAAAACAAAUCAGGCCAGUUGCAAAUGACAGAUGGAAAAUAUCAAAAUGGAGGAAUUCCACCUAAUGAGGCAGAAGAUUUUGAUCAGGAAAAACCAAUGAUGGAUGAAGCAAGACAGCCACUGUCGAGAAAAGUACCAAUUCCUUCAAGCAAAAUAAAUCCUUAUAGAAUGGUGAUUGUAAUUCGAUUGAUUGUUCUUGGAUUCUUCCUUCGCUAUCGAAUCUUAAAUCCUGUGAGAAAUGCAUUUGGUCUCUGGUUGACCUCUGUCAUUUGUGAAAUCUGGUUUGCUAUAUCCUGGAUUCUUGAUCAGUUCCCCAAAUGGUUUCCUAUUAAUCGUGAGACCUAUCUGGAUCGGCUAUCAUUGAGGUAUGAAAGAGAAGGUGAACCUUCAAUGCUUGCCCCUGUAGACCUCUUUGUGAGUACUGUGGAUCCCUUGAAGGAGCCACCAUUGGUUACUGCCAACACAGUUCUAUCCAUUCUUGCAGUGGAUUACCCUGUAGACAAAGUCUCCUGCUAUAUUUCUGAUGAUGGAGCUUCAAUGCUAACAUUUGAAUCGCUGUCAGAAACCUCAGAAUUUGCAAGAAAGUGGGUACCCUUCUGCAAGAAAUUUAAUAUUGAACCACGAGCCCCAGAGAUGUAUUUCUCUGAGAAAAUUGACUAUUUGAAGGACAAAGUUCAGCCCACUUUUGUCAAGGAACGCCGUGCUAUGAAGAGGGAAUAUGAAGAAUUCAAAGUGCGGAUAAAUGCAUUGGUUGCGAAGGCCUUGAAGGUGCCUAAGGAAGGAUGGAUAAUGCAAGACGGAACACCUUGGCCUGGUAAUAAUACCCGUGAUCAUCCUGGUAUUCUUCAAGUGUUCUUGGGCCAUGGUGGAGGUCUCGACACAGAUGGCAAUGAACUUCCACGCCUAGUCUAUGUUUCCCGUGAAAAGAGGACUGGAUUCCAGCACCAUAAGAAGGCUGGUGCAAUGAAUGCUUUGGUUCGGGUUUCUGCUGUGCUCACUAAUGCUCCAUUCAUGCUGAAUCUGGAUUGUGAUCACUACAUCAACAACAGCAAGGCAGUUAAGGAGGCAAUGUGCUUCAUGAUGGAUCCCAAGGUUGGAAGGAAAGUUUGCUAUGUUCAGUUCCCCCAGAGAUUUGAUGGUAUUGAUCGGAAUGAUCGUUAUGCCAAUCGAAACACUGUCUUCUUUGAUAUUAACAUGAAAGGUCUGGAUGGAAUUCAAGGUCCAGUGUAUGUGGGAACUGGAUGUGUAUUUAGAAGGUACGCUCUGUAUGGGUAUGAGCCUCCUCGUGGCCAAAAGCGUCCAAAGAUGGUGACCUGCGAUUGCUGCCCUUGUUGUGGGCCUCGUAAAAGGACUGGGAAGUCAUCAAAGAAAACUGCAGCAGGCAUUCCAGCUCCUGCCUAUAACCCAGAUGGGAUUGAGGAAGGACUUGAUGCAUUUGAUGAAGACAAAGCAUUGUUGAUGUCACAGUCUGAUUUCGAGAAGAGGUUUGGACAGUCAUCUGCCUUUAUUCAAUCCACUCUAAUGGAGAACGGCGGUGUUCCACACACUGCAGAUCCUGCUGAAUUGUUGAAAGAAGCUAUUCAUGUCAUCAGUUGUGGUUAUGAAGAUAAAACUGAAUGGGGCAAAGAGCUUGGAUGGAUCUAUGGAUCAGUGACAGAGGAUAUUUUGACUGGCUUCAAGAUGCAUUGCCGAGGGUGGAGGUCAAUUUACUGUAUGCCCAAAUUAGCUGCAUUCAAGGGAUCUGCUCCUAUCAAUCUAUCAGAUCGUCUGAACCAGGUCUUGCGUUGGGCUUUGGGGUCAGUGGAAAUUUUCCUGAGCAGGCAUUGCCCAAUAUGGUAUGGUUAUGGCCAUCUAAAAUGGCUUGAAAGACUUGCUUAUAUCAACACAAUUGUCUACCCACUGACUUCCCUUCCACUCAUCGCCUACUGUACCCUACCAGCCAUCUGCUUGCUCACUGGAAAAUUCAUAAUGCCUUCGAUUAGUUUAUUUGCAAGUUUUUUCUUCAUAUCUCUGUUCUUGGCAAUUUUCAUCACUGGUAUUCUGGAAAUGAGGUGGAGUGGAGUGAGCAUUGAGGAAUGGUGGAGGAAUGAGCAGUUUUGGGUUAUUGGAGGUGUCUCAGCACAUUUUUUUGCAGUUAUCCAAGGUCUGCUCAAGGUGCUGGCAGGAAUUGACACAAAUUUCACAGUCACUGCUAAGGCAACAGAUGAUGGUGAUUUUGGGGAACUUUAUGCAUUCAAAUGGACAACACUUCUAAUUCCUCCUACAACCCUUCUAAUCAUCAACCUGGUGGGAGUUGUGGCCGGUUUUUCAGAUGCCAUCAGCAAUGGGUACCAGUCAUGGGGUCCAUUGUUUGGUAAAUUUUUCUUUGCUUUCUGGGUCAUUGUGCAUCUCUACCCUUUCCUCAAGGGUCUCAUGGGUCGACAGAACAGAACUCCCACAAUUGUGGUUAUCUGGUCUAUUCUCUUGGCAUCCAUUUUCUCUCUUCUUUGGGUUCGAGUCAAUCCUUUUGUCGUAAAGGUCAAAGGUCCAGAUUUGAAACAAUGUGGCAUAAACUGCUGAUUCUUUUAUUCAUUCCGCCUCAUGGAAAAGAUUAAUGAGGAAUUUAUCAGAGGAGGACUACAAGAAGCAUUUCAAAUUUGAAAGAUCCCCAGCUUACACUUCAUAUAGAGAGGGUUUAGGAAAAUUUUCUUAUUGUGGAAUUUGUAUUGCAAAUAGUGACCUAUGCCAAUUGCUGGAUGAUUUGGAGACUAUUUUAUUGUAGGGGUCAAUUGAAUUUACCAAUUGUGAGCACUACUUAAACAAGUGCAAGUCGAAGGUUAAAGAGCAGUAAAGUGUGGUUGAUUUAACUGCUCUUAGCCAGGCAAAGAGAUUGAUAGGGAUCUUUUUAAGCCCAGGUUCCCAAUAUGCUCUAUAUAUGUAAUUAUAUUUUGUAAUAAUGGUAGCAGAAUGGCAAUGAAAGUCAAUAUUAUUUUUGUUGUAA